AUGAUGUCUUCUGAAGAAGACGGCGACGCUGCCGAUGAUGACGAGAAUUCAGGAGAAGUGUUGGAUAACAGACUAGACUUUAUUCAAGAUAUAAUUACGGACCAAGAUUUGUAUGAAAUAUUAUCAGUUCCGGUUGAUGGUCAAAUCAAUUCUUCUUCAAUUGAUGUCAUAAUGCCUGCCCCUGAAAUUCACUUACCUGAAAGUACUCCUCCGGUUGAUGUCCCAAUGCCCUUCUCUGAAAUUCACUCACCUGCAAGUUCUCAUCAGGUUGAUGCGCCAAUGCCUGUCCCCGAUGUUCACUUACCUGUAAGUUCUCCUUUGGUUCAUGUGCCAACGCCUGCUCCUGAAAUUCGUGCUGAAACACAAAUCAUGACUCCAAGCUCAGGCAAUCAACCCUCAAGAUCUUCAAGAAUUCGAAAUGAAUACUUUGCACCGUCUUUCGUCACCGAUCGCCCGAUGCCACAUAGUCAACCCUUACAAGAGAUCAAUAAUUUGCCUGGCCCCUCAAACAUUCGAGAAAAGAGCCCUGAAGAUCUCCAUGAGUCAAAUUUUACAGUUUGCAAUGUUGAGCCUAGUCCGUCAAUAAUCCAGCCUAGUCCUCAGCAACGCCAGUGCAGUGUUGAAUAUAUAAAUGCAACGAGAUCUUCAGGUAUUCAGCAAUCAAUGAAAGUAGACUGUGGAAAUGAGCCUGGUCCAUCAGGUUUGCAACUAGAGUCACGCCAGUACAGUCCAGAGCUUAUCUCCCCUCACUAUCAUUCUCAAACAGCUGAUCGCAUCACUUUUCAAAUAGAAGGUAACGAUGCAGCAUCUUUGUCUCCAGAGUUGAUUAGACCAUUACCUAAAGCACCUCCCCGAUUAAUUGGAGUUAAUACACAACGUAAAAGGAAGUCAGCUGUUCUAACUUAUACUCCAGAAAAAAAUGCUCUAGCAGAAGAACAGGCAAAAAAAAGAAAAGAAGUGUAA